CAAAGAUAUUGUUAUUUUAACAAUUAAGAUAUGUUUUCUUGACUAGAGAAUAAAGUGGCGGACGUAAUUUUCUUUGCAUGAAUAAUUGUGGCGGCCCCAUGCAAAUAUUAUUGGACGGUUUAUAAAAAACAAAUAAUAAUAAUUAAAUUGUUCUUGCGAUGAAACUGACCCAUCUUUGACGUCGAUUCCGUUUCGUGUCUUCUCUUCUCUUCAAAACAAAAAUUUGAAAGAGUGAUUGUGACCCAAAAGAGAGAGAGAAACGUUUAUCAUCUUUAAUCAAUCAAAUCUUGUUGACCUAUCUCUCUUUUAUUCAAAUUCAUCUGCUCUGUUUUUCGUUUAGAAAAAGUCAGAGAAUCCACCAAUUGUGUAAAUCCUUCUCUCAAAGUUUCUUUUCUCAGAUGGGAUCUGCAACCAAUCUUUAAAGAUCUUUACUUCCAUUAAAAGAGGUUAGAUUUGCUUUCCAGGUUUAAUCUCUGUCUCUGUUUGUUGAGUUUCCUUUUAUAGAUUUGUCUCUUUCUACAAAAAGAAAUCGUCUUUCUUUAUCGUCACCUCAUUUCAUUUUCUGGGUAUGUGUUGAUUUCUUGAAAAGAGUUGCAGGUCGUUGAAAGAGAUGGAGUCUAAGGAGAUUAGAUCCUCUGUUUUUGCCAAAACGCUGCGUUUCAAUGGGAUGUCUCAACCUCUGCGUCAAGAAAAGUCGAGAGCUUUUGAGAGACAAAGCCGACAGAAAGGGUUUAUCAAGAAGACUGAUUCUGGUUUCAAGGUGAUUCCAACGAAGGAGCUUUGUCAUGUUUAUCUACACAAAACAGAGUUGUUAGCGUCCAAGGGUGUCAUUGAGGAGCAAGCUAAGCCUCCUCACUUUCAGAAACAUGGUGAGAUGGCAAAGAAGAGGUCAUUUGGUAGGAGAUUUGAUCAACAAAACUUGAACUUGAAGUCAAAGUUGAGACAUUACACAAAAGUUGAGAAGAAAGAGAGUUCUCCAAGACGUUUCUCUCCUCUUGGUUUUGGUAGCGACUCUCAGUUGCGAGAUAGUGGAAGGAAAGGGCAAUACAUUAUCACCCCUGAGAAGAAGAAAUCAAAUGAAAUAAGUAAACUGUGUAAUAGCACUACUACAUUGGUUCAGAAGAAAGAUGGAGCUGUGAGAGAAGCUGGUUCUAAGUUGAUUGUUAGUACCUCUAGGGACUCAGUGUUGAGUUUGGAACGAAACAGAUUUGCACAAGAUGUCAAGUUCAGACAUGUAUCUUCUUCUUCUGCUUCUUCUUCUUCAGGUUUUGUCAGCAAGGAUGAAAGUGAGGAUUCAUCAGACUGCUCCGCUGCUUCUCCUGGAUGUCAGACGGAAGAAGCUCAUCAACCUAGUCCUGUUUCUGUCCUGGAGCCAAUGUUUGACGACGAUGUGUUAGAGGAUGACAGUGAAGAACUUCCUUAUCUAGAUCUUCAUGGUAUAGAGAAACAGCUUGACUUCCUGAAAUCUGAGUCUGAUAGUUAUUCAGAAGGGAAUGGGAUGGAAGUAUCAAGCGAUGAGGAGUCUGAGAUUGCUUCUGAAACCGAAGAAAGCAAGGAGAGUGAACCAAUCAGGCUCUUGGAUAGCAAAGAGACUAUAGAGUCUUCUUACAUUGAUGAUAUCUUGUCUGAAGUUUCACUUAUGGACAUUCCUGAGAAACUGGAUUCAGUUCUUACCUUCAAGGUCUUCGAGAAGAUGGAGAAAAAGUAUAACACUGAGACAUCUUGGAAGAGGUCUGAAAGAAGGAUUUUGUUUGACAGAGUCAAUUCAAUUCUGGUAGAGAUUCUGGAAUCUUUUACAGCUACACCAACCUGGAAGAAACCUAUCUCUAGGAGGCUUGGCGUUGGGCUAAGCACAUGUGGACUGAAACAAGAACUCUGUAAAGUACUUGCCAGGCAAGAGAAGCGAGCUAAGAAAGUAUCAUCCAACAAAGUGCCAGUAAUAGAUCUUGAUGAGUGGUUCAAACUUGAAGAUGAUGAUGAUAUGUCAGUGGUCUGUGAAUUAGAAAGUAUGAUAGUGGAUGAGUUGUUGUUUGAGGUCUUCAUGUAGAGUUACAAAGUGAUUCUUUUCAUUCUUUUUUUCCACUGUAUUUUGAUUGAGAAUAGUUAGUGAGUAGUUGUUGCAUCAUCAAAGGGAGAUGUACAACGUUUAAGAAAGUUGUGCAUACACAUUGUUUUUGUUGUCAGGUCUAGGAUUGGCCUCUUAGCAUGUCUCAGUCACAUUGCUAUAAAAGCUUAUGUGACUUUGUACCCAUUUGUUAAAGUGUGAAUGAAACAAGAUUUUGAUUGAAAGAGUUUCAUUUAAUACAAGAAAAGGAUAAAAAGACAGAAACAGAACAUAUACAAAAGCAAUCAUAUAUCUUGUUUAACUCUCAAGCUUUGUAGGUGAGGUAAACACUGAAAUGGAGGAUGGUGUCUUGACCAUCAGUGAUAUGCUGAUUGUUCUGGUUAUGCAGAGUUUCCACAAUAGCAUACCCUUUAGCAUGCUCAAACUUCCCUGUCCCACCAAUAACAGCAAUCUGAGAGGCAUGAGAAGCAGUUCUAUGAACUCCAAAGAAGCUAAUAGCAUCAUCCAAAGUGUCAUGGUGAUCAUGCUCUCUGUCUAGCAACACAGUCAGAGAAAGAGUCUGGCUAGUCCCAUCCAAGGAACUAGCCAGGUAAAACCCUUGAGCCUUCCCUAUAACCGCUGACCCGAGCUCGUGGCUCUCGGUCAGCUCAUCGUCUACAACUGUUAUGGUUCCAAACAUUAGAUGCUGGAGUGCAGCACCUGGAGGGAGGUUACCUGCGGUUACAAAAGGGAGGUUGUUGGAGCUGAGGGCGUCGUUGGAGUUACCGUUAGUGUUUUGAAUCACUGUGCUGGUUUGAGCGCCGCCAAGGCCGGUUAGAAGUGGAGCUGUGUUUGGGUUAAUGACACUGUUGAUGUUGUUUGAGUUGACCAGUGGGACUCCGUUGUCUACAGGGAAGAUGCUGUUGCUUGCCUUUGAGAAUGGUAUACCGUUUACUUCGGUUUGUGCCACUAUUCCUGUGACUACACGAGCUGAUGGGUGUGAACCGCCUAGGACGUCGUGCAUAAAGAACUCUAGUGAUGGCUCGUGUUCAGCCCCUGUUGGAUUAGCUGGGAGUGUAGUUGCUGGUGCAGGUUCUUCUUCAGCUUCUGUUGGAGCCACGUUGGGGAUUUGGCCUGUGGGGAGUAACUGAGACUGAGGUUGGAUCUCAUCAAGAAGUCUAGCGGAGUUGAUGGAUGCUAGGAGAUUGGAGGCUAUGAGGAAGAGAAUGAUAGUUAUGUGAAGAGCUUUGGCCAUUUUUAGUAUUUAAUUUAGAUUAUAGAGUUGCUUUUGUGUU